CGGCCCUCAGGGUCCCUGUGGUCACACCCGGGUCGCGCUGGCAUCCCACCGUCUGGGCACUGGGCCCACGACGGCCCCUGGGCAGGGCUGGGCCCUGCAGACUGUCUGUCGGGGGCACCCGGGUCCCCCCACCCGGCCAGGCAGCGCUGUCCGCACAGGAGUCCGCCGCCUAGAGCCGGGCGAUGCAGGGGUCGGGGCGGGGCAGGUCUGGGAGGCGGUCCCUCUACCUCGGGGAGUGGGUGUUCCCGGCAUCCAGUCGGGCCUUUGAGGAAAUGCCUGAGGCUCCCGCGGGCAGAACGAGCUCAGCGAGCAACCCGGAGUCCCGGCUGGAUUCCGCGAUCAGAGACUGCGGUGCGCACGCGGCGUCCCCCGGGGAGACACAAGGGCAGACUUCCGAGAGCUCGUCUGCCCUCUGCAGCACCCCAUCCUUUCUCUUGGAGAGAAGCCCGCAGGUUCCCGUUUCUCAGAGCCACGCCUCCGCACCGCCAGCACCACGCCUUCUGCACGUCCUGUUUUAACUCCUGCAGAGCCCCGUUUCCUCCCCAAGAUCUCCCGGCUCAGCCUCCAAUGGGCGGGCAUGUGAGCUCGCCCGGCUCUGGCUCCUUCCUCGGCCUGCCCUACGCCUCCAAGGCGAACGCGGACUGGAUGUCGGCGCUGAGCUCUCCGCUCUGGGACGUGCCGCUGCACCAGCUCUCCAUCCCAGGGAGCCAUGACACGAUGACCUACUGCCUGGACAGGAAGUCGCCCAUCUCCAGCAAGGAGCCGAGGCUGCUGCAGCUUCUGUGCAAAGUGCUGCCGUGUGUCGCCCUGCCCGUGGUGCUCAGGUGGUCCACCACCCAGGUGCUGAGCGUCACGGAGCAGCUGGACGCCGGCGUGAGGUACCUGGACCUGCGGAUCGCACACGUGGAGGACGGCUCGGAGAGGAAUCUGCACUUCGUCCACAUGGUGUACACGACGGCCCUCGUGGAGGACACGCUCACGGAGAUCUCCGAGUGGCUGCAGAGCCACCCCCGGGAGGUGGUUAUCCUGGCGUGCAGGAACUUCGAGGGCAUGACGGAGGACCUGCACGAGUACCUGGUGGGCUGCAUCAAGAACAUCUUUGGGGACAUGCUGUGUCCCCGCGGGGAGGUGCCGACUCUGCGCCAGCUGUGGUCACGGGGCCAGCAGGUCAUCCUGUCGUACGAGGACGAGGCAGCCGUGAGCCGGCACGCGGAACUGUGGCCCGGGAUCCCCUACUGGUGGGGGAACAAGGUGAAGCCCCAGGACCUCGUCCACUACCUGGAGCUCAUGAAGAGCCGCGGCCGCCCGGGCGGGCUGUUCGUGGCCGGCAUCAACCUCACGGAGAACCUGGAGUUCAUCCUCGUCCACCCGGCCUGGUCCCUGGAGAAGCUGACCCUGAGUGGGCUCCCCUACCUGUGCGCCUGGGUGCGGGCCCAGUGCCCGGGGUCGGCCGCCGGCUGCACCAACAUCAUCGCGGGCGACUUCAUCGGGGCCAGCGGGUUUGUCAGCGAUGUCAUUGGGCUUAACCAGAAGCUGCUUCGGGGCUGACUGAUGGCGUGCGGGUGGAGCGGGGCAUCCCGGAGGCUGCUCCUCGGGCGUGUCCUGUGACGUCACCGGGCUGAACUGGAAGCUGCCUGGGGCUGACGGACAGCACGUGGGUGGAGCGGGGCAUUCCGGAGGCUUCUCCUCCGUUGCGUCCUUUGACGUCACCGGCCUUAACCGGAAGCCGCCUGGGGCUCACAGACGGCGCGCUGAGGAGCUGGACAUCGCCGAGGCCGCUGUCAGUCCUGUCCUAUGGGGCGGGCAAUCCGUCCAUCCAUCCAGGGAAUGUGGGUGGCUGCAGAGGUGGGGCCGGGUGGCAGGGUCCUCUGUGUCUCAGCGGAUGUAGGGUGUGAGGUGAUGAUUAAAGGCGACUGUGUGAUUUGUACAAUCACAUCUUCCAGGGAGA